GGUUGUGUGUGUAGGCAGCGGCGCCAGAGGAGGAGGUGCACGAGGAUGCAGCUGCGACCGCGGCCCCAAGAGGGAGCCUCGGCUGUCUGUGGCCGUGGGGACUGAGGGACGGGAAUCAGGCCUGAGGGUCGCUUCACAGAAGAGACUGGGGGCGGCGGUCCCGCCAGAGACUGGGGCCUACUGGGAGGGGAAGGUCCGGGCUGCUGGGUGAGGGCCUCCCCCCCAUUCCUUCCCCUCAUCCUUCUACGUCGAUGGUGGUGAAGUUGGAUACGCCAGGGAGCCAAGGCACCAGGUUUCUCCCUUACAUCCAGCUCCUCUCUGGCCCCAUCUCUUGGACACCUGCGCAGCCACCUCCCUUGCCCGCCAAACCCAUCCGCGGCGGCGGGCGGGGGAGGGGCUCCUUACCCAGCUUCCCUGCUGGGGCUGCCUGGAACCGAGGUGGGCGACGACGGUGACCAUAGGAGAGUAGGGGGGAGAAGCAAAGAAUUGGGAGUUUUCCCCUGACUGCAUUGUGCUGAGAUUGGCAGAGACCAUGACAAUCAUACCUGGAUUAUCUGGUGGAUGUCCUCUGAACUUCCUUCAUGCACUUCUGUCUCUAGAAUGGAAAGGUCAGACUCACCUACAGUCACACAGCAAGACACUGGAGAAACCAAGCCUAUAAUCCAGGACUGCAGUAUGCCUCUCCUAUGUGACUAGGAACGCCUUAGGCAAAACCUUCCUUAGGCACAGAUAUAGACUUUUUGACAUUUGUGCCUCAAGAACAGUGGAGAAAAGCCAUGUUGGGAUGGAUAAACUACACAAGUAACAACUGCAGAUAUCAACUUCAGGUCUGCAAAGAAGAACUGACCUUACUGAGGCUCUAUGCCACACACUGGAAAUACCUGAUAUGUUAAGAGAGUCCGAAUUUCAAAAGGCACAUGAGACAUGAUCUCCUCAUUGCGAUCAUUUUGCUGAGUUCCAACUGGGAAACAAGUGGGGGUGCCAAUGAUUUCUCCUUUUGCGGAUGCUUGUUCCUUUAAAAUCUUGCUGGGGAUUGAACCAGCAUUCUCAUUCCUGUUUGAGAAAACUGAGGCUCAAAAAGAAGAAAAUGUGUUAGAAUUGAAACCUGACAGUACAGAUAAGCCUCACUAUCAUCCAGCCUGGCCCCCUGAACUCCUGGGCUCAAGUGAUCCUUCUGCCUCAACCUCCUGAGUAGCUGGGACUAAAGUUGUGCACCACGGUGUCCAGGGACUUGUAACAUCUGAAUAUACCAAACCAUACAGGCAAACUCUUCCACCAUUGCUACCACAACGUUUUACAGCAGAGGAAUACCACCACACAUAAAUUUCAAGCAGAAUAAAAAGAAAAGAAAAAGCUGAUUAGACCGGAGAUUACCUACUGAACGAGAUGACGGCCACAGCUGCAGUGGAGACACCAAAAAUGGAGAAAAGUGCCUCCAAGGAAGAGAAGCAGCAGCCAAAGCAGGAUAGCAUAGAGCAAGGCAAUGCUGAUUCUGAAGAGUGGAUGAGCUCUGAGAGUGACCCUGAACAGGUAAGCCUUAAGAACAACAGCAAUACCUGCCAACCUGGAGAUGGUCAGUUGAAGAAAAAGGAGAUACCUUCCAAGACACACCGUCAGCUCUGUCGAUCACCCUGCCUGGAUCGUCCAAGUUUCUCCCAGAGCAGUAUUUUACAGGAUAGUAAGCUCGACUUAGAGAAAGAAUACCAAGCCAAGAUGGAUUUUGCUCUAAAGCUGGGCUAUGCUGAGGAACAAAUUCAAUCAGUGCUGAAUAAGCUGGGCCCAGAAUCACUUAUUAAUGAUGUAUUGGCAGAACUUGUCAGACUUGGGAACAAAGGUGACUCAGAAGGGCAGGUCAAUUUGAGUCUGUUAGUGCCCCGUGGGCCCAGCUCCAAAGAAAGUGCAAGCCCCGAAUUGUCUCUUGAAGAUGAAAUAGACAGCAGUGACAAUUUGAGGCCAAUUGUGAUUGAUGGAAGUAAUGUGGCAAUGAGCCAUGGGAAUAAGGAAGAAUUCUCCUGUAGAGGAAUACAACUUGCUGUGGAUUGGUUUCUAGACAAGGGUCAUAAAGAUAUCACUGUAUUUGUGCCUGCAUGGAGAAAAGAGCAAUCCCGGCCUGAUGCUCCCAUUACAGAUCAAGAUAUUCUUCGUAAACUGGAAAAGGAAAAGAUUCUUGUCUUCACACCAUCCCGAAGGGUCCAGGGCAGAAGGGUUGUUUGCUAUGAUGACCGGUUCAUAGUCAAAUUAGCUUUUGAUUCUGAUGGCAUCAUUGUGUCCAAUGACAACUACCGAGAUCUUCAAGUCGAAAAGCCAGAAUGGAAGAAGUUUAUCGAGGAGCGGUUGCUGAUGUAUUCUUUUGUGAAUGACAAAUUUAUGCCUCCAGAUGACCCUUUAGGACGCCAUGGCCCAAGCCUUGAAAAUUUCUUAAGAAAAAGACCCAUUGUUCCGGAGCAUAAGAAGCAGCCAUGUCCUUAUGGCAAAAAAUGCACCUACGGCCACAAGUGCAAAUACUACCAUCCGGAGCGGGCCAACCAACCCCAGCGUUCGGUGGCUGAUGAGCUCCGCAUCAGUGCCAAACUGUCCACAGUGAAAACCAUGAGCGAAGGCCCCCUGGCCAAGUGUGGGACAGGGAUGUCUAGUGUCAAAGGUGAGAUAACCUCAGAGGUGAAACGUGUGGCACCCAAGCGCCAGUCAGAUCCCAGCAUCCGGUCUGUGGCUGUGGAGCCUGAGGAAUGGCUGCCCAUUGCUCGUAAGCCCGAGGCCAGCUCGGUCCCAUCACUUGUGACUGCCCUCAGUGUCCCCACAAUCCCACCCCUCAAAAGCCAUGCAGUGGGUGCACUCAACACCCGUUCGGCCAGCAGCCCAGUGCCAGGAUCCUCCCAUUUCCCCCAUCAGAAGGCCUCACUGGAGCACAUGGCCAGCAUGCAGUACCCACCUAUCCUGGUUACCAACAGCCAUGGGACCCCAAUUAACUAUACUGAGCAAUACCCAAAGUUUGAGUCUAUGGGGGACCAUAGCUACUAUUCGGUGUUAGGCGACUUCUCCAAACUGAACAUCAACAGCAUGCACAAUAGAGAGUACUACACGGCCGAAGCAGAUCGAGGCAUGUAUGGUCGGAAUCCCAACUUCUGUCCUGACGGUCUCGUGAGCCAUACCAGGAACGACAACUAUUCCUCUUACAACAACCUGUACUUGGCUGUAGCUGAUGCCCAUCCUGAAGGCAGUUUGAAGCUACACCGCUCAGCAUCUCAGAACCGUCUUCAGCCUUUUUCUCAUGGUUACCAUGAAGCCUUAACUAGAGUGCAGAGUUAUGGCCCAGAGGAUUCCAAGCAAGGCCCCCACAAGCAGUCGGUUCCCCACUUAGCUUUGCAUGUCCAGCACUCGGCAACUGGAGCACGCCCCAGCUGUCCUGGAGACUACGCCAUGCCUCCCAAUAUUCAUCCUGGGGCAACCUCCCAGUCAGGCCGUGCCCUAGUAAUGACUCGGAUGGAUAGCAUUUCUGAUUCCCGACUCUAUGAGAGCAACCCCUUGAGGCAAAGACGACCUCCUCUGUGCCGGGAACAGCAUGCCAGCUGGGACCCACUGCCCAGUGCAACCGAUUCCUAUGGCUAUCACUCCUGCUCCUUAAGUAACAGCCUCAUGCAGCCAUGUUAUGAGCCAGUCAUGGUACGGAGCAUGCCUGAAAAGAUGGAGCAGCUUUGGAGGAAUCCUUGGGUUGGAAUGUGCAAUGAUUCCAGGGAGAAUAUGAUUCCAGAGCACCAAUAUCAGACCUACAAGAACCUUUGCAAUAUUUUCCCUUCUAACAUUGUUCUUGCAGUGAUGGAGAAGAACCCUCACACAUCAGAUGCCCAGCAACUGGCAGCUUUAAUUGUUGCGAAGCUUAGAGCUGCACGUUGACAUGACAUAGGACUUAGUCCUUUAUGCACAUAUAAAUAUUAAUACUAACAAUACACUAAUACUAUGAUUAUAGUAACUAAUGAUUUACAUUGCGCUUUAAAAGUUAUUGAAUGUUUACAUCAUUUAAGCUCACAACAACCCAGUGAAAUAGGUCUUAUUAACAUCCUAUUUCACAGAGAAGGAAGCCGAAGCUCAAUGAGAUGUAAGUGACUUGCCAUGGUUAUGCUGCUAGCAAAUGACCAAGUCAAGACGCAUACCCAAAUCCUCUGACUCCAAGUCUCUUGCCCUUUUGCACUGCACCACUGCAGGUAAUGGAAGACAAAACCCAGGGAAAGGAGCCUAAGUGCAAGAAAUCCCAAGGGAUUCCAUUACCAGCACUUUCUUAAUCACAUGUUCUGUGUUACAGAGUAUGGAUGAUAUAACCAAUUUAGAGAGAAAAAGCAUCAGGAUCAGAUCAUGUGGUGAAUUAACAUUUUAGGGUUUUAAUAAAAAUAUUUAAAACUAUUUAAAAGUAAGGGUCGGGGAUAUAGCUCAGUGGCACAGUGCCUGCCUAGC